GCCGCGAGUCACCCGCCGUACAUAUACGACUCCAUGUUACCACUCUCGCUCUUUGCUCUCAGCUCCCACCUUCCACCGCUGCCGCCGGGACGCCUGCGAGACGUCCCGCGCAUCCUCGAAUCCAGAGAGCUCGAAUCCAUCCUGAGAGAGCUCGAGGAGCUCCACCUUCCGCGCCGAGCUUUCUGCUCCAAUGAUGCGCCGAGCCCCGGGGUCCCUGAGAAGGAGGACACGCCGGAUGCACACAUCUCCAAGUUCCUUGGAUGCGGAGACUCCUUCGAGUCCUUCCUCUCCGCAUUCCCUCCCUAAAGUCACUCACUUUGUGGCCCGCGCUCGGCCCGUUGCGCUCGUCACUGCGCGCGGCGGCGCGCUCCUUCUGGUGUGUCCAAAGUCGUGUCUCGCGUGUCUCCAGCGUGUGUCCUGUGCCCAUGUUUGUGAGCGAGUGCGGAGUGGUCUCACCGCGCGUCUCGAGGGUUUCCAGAGCCUGAGGUCCCCGGCCUACGUGACCCCGGAGUACCCCCUGCGUGCAUGUCCAGUAGGGCUAGGAUAUUAGUAAGCAUAUUCUACUC